AUGUCGGAUUGGGUGUCCUACUACCGGAGCGAGGGGCCGCAGGAGGAAGAGGAGGAGGAGGAGCAGGACGAGGAGAAGGCUGAGGCGGUCGGGGAUUACAAGUUCUUAGGUCGAGACAGCCUCAUUUUCUUAGUGGAUGCGUCCAAGGGCAUGUUUGAGCCCGACGGGGACGGUGCGACUCCCUUUGACAUGACCAUCCAGUGCAUCUGGAGUGUGUACACCAACAAAAUCAUUAGUAGUGACAGGGACCUGUUGGGUGUGGUGUUUUAUGGUACGGAAGAGAACAAGAACUCGGCAGAUUUCAAGCACGUCUAUGUUCUUCAGGAGCUGGACAAUCCAGGUGCAAAGCGAGUCCUAGAGCUGGACAAAUACAGGGGAGACAAAGGACAAGUCCUUUUCCGUGACACCUUUGGCCACAGCACUGACUAUUCACUGGGUGAAGCACUCUGGGCCUGCUCUAAUCUCUUCAGUGAUGUCCGAGUCAGACUGAGCCACAAAAGGAUUAUGCUCUUCACCAAUGAGGAUGACCCUCAUGCCAAUGACAGUGUUAAAGCCAAGAUGGCCAGGACCAGAGCUGGUGAUCUGAGAGACACAGGUAUCAUCCUGGACUUGAUGCACUUGAAGAAGCCUGGAGGGUUCGAUAUCUCUUUGUUCUACAGGGAUAUAGUGAACAUAGCAGAGGAUGAGGACCUUGGGAUCCAACCUGAGCAGUCAGAGAAACUGGAACAUCUCAUGAAGAAAGUACGAGCAAAGGAGACAAAGAAACGUACUUUAGCCAGGUUAAAUCUGUAUCUGAACAAAGAUCUGUCGCUUUCUGUCGGUGUUUACAACCUUCUUCACAAAGCUUAUAAGCCCUACCCAGUGAAGCUUUAUCGGGAAACUAAUGAACUGGUUAAAAUAAAAACAAGGAUGUUUAAUGCAAAAACCGGCAGUUUGCUCCUGCCUAGUGACACAAAAAGGGCUCAGACAUAUGGAAACCGCCAGAUUGUGCUGGAGAAAGAGGAAACAGAAGAAUUGAGACGCUUUGGUUCUGCAGGCUUGUAUCUGAUUGGCUUCAAACCACUGUCAAUGCUAAAACAGCACCACCAUAUCAGGCCCUCCCAGUUCAUCUACCCUGAGGAGUCCCUAAUAAGUGGAAGUACAACGCUAUUUAAUGCCUUGUUAAUGAAAUGCCUGGAGAGGGAAAUGAUGAUACUGUGCAGAUAUACCGCCCGGCAGAACACCCCUCCUCGCUUUGUGGCCCUGGUUCCCCAGGAGGAAGAAGUGGAUGAGCAGAAAGUGCAGAUAGCUCCUCCAGGCUUCCACAUCAUCUUCCUGCCAUACGCAGAUGACAAGCGGAAGGUUGAUUUUACAGAAAAGGUGCCAGCCAGUCGAGAGCAGGUGGACAAAAUGAAGGAAAUAGUUCAAAAACUCCGUUUCAAAUACAGGAUUGACAGCUUUGAGAACCCAGUUUUGCAGCAGCACUUCAGGAAUCUGGAGGCUUUGGCGCUGGAUAUGCUCGAACCAGAACAAGCUGAGGAUCUUACAAUGCCAAAGGUUGAAGAGAUGAAUCGCAGGUUGGGCAACCUGGUGGAGGAAUUUAAACAGCUGGUUUAUCCCCCUGACUACAAUCCCAAUGGGAAGGCUGUAAAGCAAAACCAAGCUUCUGAUGGUCCAGCGAAGAAGAGGCUCAAGGUAGAAAUCUCAAAAGAUGAGCUGCAGAGUCAUGUACAGAAGGGCACUCUGGGCAAGCUUACUGUACCUGUUCUGAAGGAUGCAUGCAGGCUUUAUGGGCUGAAGGGUGGAGGGAAGAAGCAGGAGCUCAUGGAUGCAUUAACUGAAUACUUUAAGGAGCACUGAGCAGGAGUGGAAGGCCCUGGUUGACUUCAAUCUGCUUAAAAUUGUGGUUG